AUGGUAGAGAUGGAGCUGGCACCUCUGCGUAGUAUGGGGGAUUUUCUCUUGGAUUCUGCUAGAUUCCAGACUCCUCAGAUUAAUGAUCCAGAAAAGUGGUCCAAUAGAGUUUUAAAUAAUCUUCUGUAUUAUCAAACGAAUUAUUUCCUUACUGCACUCUUGAUAUUUCUGUUAAUUGGAAUUAUUCACCCAGUGCAGAUUCUGCUGGGAUUCAGUGCUCUUGCUCUAUGUUUUGCACUUUUUGUGUACUUCACCAACAACCAGUACAAGGCUCGACGCUUCAAGCAUGAUCACCCAGUCUUCUGUGUGGCGGCCAUUGUAGCAGCUGGGUACUUUGUGGUAUACAUGUUUGGAGCUGUGCUCGUAUUUAUGUUUGGAAUCGCUUUUCCAUUGUUAUUAAUACUCAUACAUGCCUCAUUGCGCUUACGUAACUUAAGAAACAAGCUGGCCAACAAGAUGGAGUAUGUGGGAUUGAAACGAACGCCAAUGGGUCUGAUUCUAGAAGGACUGGGACAAGAGCAGGAAGCAGGAUCUUAG